AUGACGAAACCGUCUCAAGUCCGCUGCACCGACAGAUACUCUCCCACUCUCCUCUCCUACUCUCCAACUCAUCUACCUCCUACUCUCCUACUCUUAACUCCCAACUACUUACUACUUUAUCUACCCCUCCCCGCGACCAACAUCCUCCUCCACGCCGGCGACCUCACCAAAGUCGGCCACAAACACGAACACCUCUCCCUGCUCAGCACGCUCCAAUCCGCCGCGGCGGAGCUCAAGCUCGUCAUCCCAGGGAACCACGACAUCACGCUCGACGCGCCCUACUACACGUCCAAGGGCCACCUGCGCCACAGGCACCGAACCGACCACACCGCGCCGUCGGUGCAUGCCAACACGGCGCACAACAUCUCGGCGGGCAAGCACGAGGAAGGCGCGAUCGAGGACCCCGACGACAUCAAGAGGCUGUAUACCUCGGCCGAGGCGUGGGAGGCAGGGAUUCGCUACUUGGAGGAGGGGGUGCAUGUUUUCCGCUUGACCAGUGGCGUGCGCUUUACUGUCUAUGCUAGUCCGUUCACGCCCGAGUUUUGUGACUGGGCCUUUGCGUAUGAGAGGGGCGUGGAUCGAGAAAGAGAUUCCCCCCCCCAAAACCCCAUCCCCAGUCACCCCUCCAUCGACAUCAUCCUCACCCACGGCCCCCCCUACGGCAUCCUCGACCAGGUCGUCCCCAGCCACGCGAGCGUCGGCUGCGAGCACCUGUACCGGGCCGUGAAGCGCGCGAGACCGCGCCUGCACGUCUUCGGCCAUAUCCAUGAGGGGUACGGGGCUCGACGCGUGGAGUGGAGCACCGGCAACGAGUCGAUGAUCCAGUGCGAUGAGCAGACGACCCUGCAGGAGGGGUGCGCCAGGGUCGAUCUGAGUAAGGAUGGCGGGGCCGGGCUGAGGUUCGGCGACGAGACCCUCUUCGUGAACGCGAGCAUUAUGACCGUGCAGUAUCAUCCUGUUAAUGCGCCGUGGGUGGUGGAGCUGGAUUUGCCGGUUGGGGAGGAGUAA